AGUGCUUUUAGGUGAACAUUCUAUGAACAAGAAACCAGAGUUUAAGGAGAAAUUUGUUGAAAUUAGUGAAGAAGUAUUCAAAGGAGCGACAAUUACUAUUAAUUCAUCUACUUCAAGUCUAUUUUGGGACGAUUACCUCAUCUUACCUCCCAAUCUUAAAUGCAUUACUAGAAUAAUUCAAAGCAAAUCAGAAGAAAGUCUAUUAGAUAUUCGACAGAAUUUGAAACAGCUUUUUAUCGCUUGUUUAAAUCAACUCGAUCUUUCAGAUGAGUGCUCUAAAAAUGAGCAAACACGUCAACUAAACGCUAUUGCCAUCUUAACUGUCCUCAUUCGCAACUUGUUUUCAAAAAGACGUUUAACACACUUUAACAUUAUUUCAAUUUUAACUGGUCUUGACGAAGCUGAUGUGUUGUUUUCUAAGCUUAUUAAAGCAGUCCAAAAACUUAUCCAAAAUCCCUCAAUACGGUCAAGUGCGUUACAGCUUGCUUUAGUACUUUCUGCAGGAAAUGAUAACAUCAAUCAAAAUGGCUUAAAUAGCUAUUUUAUGAUGAAUGAUAUAUCUUCCAGUUUAUUUAAUGUACUAACAAUGAACGAAAUAAACGAAAACGAUUGUCGUGAUGUUAUCAUGUUAAUUGGUAUGCUUUCGAAUUAUAACAAAUAUGAAUUCAAAAACCCUUAUUUAUCUUAUAUCAGAAAGUUAAAGCAAGAAAAGGCAUUUGAGAACAUUAUUCAAAUGUACACAGCGUUGUUUAUUAGUCUAAGGAAUCGAUAUAUAGAAAUUAAUAACGAUGAAGACACUUUUUCAAAAACAUUGGUUACCUAUAUGUCGAAAUGGUUUUUCUCUUAUGCGUCCGCUGUUCCAUCUGAGACCGAGAAUAGUCAAUCAUUUUCUACUUUACCCUCCGCACAGAUAGCCUUAAUUCUGCCUCUCUUCGAUUUGAUCAAUGUGAAUAGCUAUUUUAUAAGCACCCUGACUAAAACGUGUACAAAAAUAGACAUGGACAGAAAUAACCAACAAGAAAAUAACCGAGGAGAAGAGUCUUUCACUUUUUUAUCUUCUCUCUUAUCAUUUGCUUCUUAUUUGUUUGAAAAUAAUCGUAAUGAAAGAACCCAUCUUUAUUCAAGACUUCUUUUGACUAUCAUUUUGAGACUAACUGAAGAAAAUACCAUCAUGGAUUACAUAGCAAAAGAAAGUACAAAUGCAGUUGUUCGAUUGUGUCGACAAAGAUCGCCACAGCUGCCAUUUAUCAAAACAAAAAGAUCGAUGUUUAGUGUUAUCUUGGAUGACAUGUUGAUAUUUAUAAGACAUAAUAUUCGAAAAAAACUCGAAUUAUCUUCAUACAAACUUGCUUUGUCCGUCAUUCAUCGUAUACUAUGCUUUUUAAAUAAGCAUAAAAUUAGAUUAGAAUAUCAUUGGAUUGAAUUAUGGCCAACGUUGGCUUCAACAUUACAUUUUACUAUACUUCAUUUAGAUAUCAUUAAAGACAGGGAAGGAUUCAACACGUAUAUCUCAACACUUAUCAGUGUAUUUAACAUGUGUGUGACCCAUGGAGAAAGAUUUUUGACAGAUACCAAAAGUUAUGAUAGCUUAUAUUAUGAAAUCAUUCGAGCGACAGAAGAUUUUUUGAAGUUAUCUGAAUACGUGAAUGAUUCAAUAACUAUGCCUAAUAACGAAAGAGCUACACCAUCCAUUACAUUAAACGAAUUUCAUAAUAUUAAAUUGAUUUGUAAACACUUUAAGCCUGCUUUAGAUGAAUGGCAAACAAUUAAAAAUAUUAAAUUCCCUACACCGGAACAAGUAAUGUCUGUUAUCAAUGAAAACUAUGCUACAUUAGAAUUAAAGCCAAUGGAUAAAUUAGACUCAUAUAUAGUAUUUAAUGAAAUACCUAUGGAAAUGGGAUUUUUCCGCCAAAUAGUACGAAUGGCUGUUACUGAUUAUUUAGAAUAUUAUACGUUAAGUAUGUCUUAAUAAACAAGUUAUAUAUAAAUAUAAGUGUAUAUAAGUGUAUAUAUUUUAUUAAAUAAGAGGGUAUGCAUCUAUAAAUUAGAAUUAAGUUUCUUUUCUUUUUCUUUUUUUUUUUUU